AUUGCGAAGUUUGCGUAGCUAACAUGCUCGUUCUCCGCCUCUUCAACACACAAAAAGCUCGACUGAGUCAACUUCCCAAGGCUUCAAACGAAAUUGUCAAGGAUUUUAUUUCGAAAUUGGCGAAUGCAGCUGGAUCCCGCGACAAACUUUCUGACUGCUUCACGCAUGAUUUUCAGUUUUUCGGAUGCGGUUAUACUGUUAAUAAAGCCCCGUUUGUCGAAAAACAUUUGGCCACUCCGAAUCCCGAGCCGUUGAUUCCGAAAUGCUCGAGUUUCAAUGGAAAUGAUUCAAAAAUCAGCUUCACAGCUUCACAUCAAGACGGACCUCGAGAGAAUAUUGUGGAUCUCGUUAUUUCGCGUGAGGAGAAGGACAGUCCAUGGAGACUUCAAUCGGGAAAAAUUACAAAUUGCCCUUGAUCUUCAAUAAAUGUUGUCGAAUGGCCUAAAAUCAAUAAAAUACUGGCUUCGU